AUGCUGAACAGCAGUCCUACCCUAACUUUUCAAGCUAUAAGAGGCUUACGCCAAGGAGAUUCUUUGUCUCCAUUGCUCUUUGUAAUCGGAAUGGAAUACUUGUCUCGUCUCUUUAGAAGUGUUGAAGGUCAAUAUGGAUUCCACUCGAGAUGCAAAAAAACCAAGCUAUCUCACCUUUGUUUUGCUGAUGAUCUAAUGCUAUUUUAUAAGGGAAAUGUGCCCUCCGUACGGGUUCUCCACCAAUGCAUUCAAGCCUUUUCUAAUACCUCAAGGCUCCAGGCCAAUGCUUCAAAAGUUGCAAUCUACAUAGCAGGGGUCACUUCUACCAACCGAGCCGCUAUUGGAGCUCUCACUCACUUCCCAUUUGGCUCCCUUCCGUUCAGGUAUCUGGGCAUUCCUCUCUCCUCUAAGAGAUUAUCUAUUGCUGAAUGUGAACAACUCGCAGACAGGAUAAAUAGUAGAAUUAGAGGCUAG